CUUUGAAAACUAAACUGGUAGAGCAUCAAAGCAGAUCAGACCUCCCUUUAGACAGCCUGAGAAGCGGUGCUUGAUCUUUGAGAGUGACCUUUGGAAAAAGCUGUUGGAUUUGGGAGGCGGUCAAAAGCUGAUGUGACGCAAUGAUUGUCGCUGGGACCACCCAAACGGGCCUGCGUCAUGCGUAUUCACGUUCCUUCCUCCUGUUGCGUUCAUGUGAUAAGCGGGACCAAGGCUUGUAUACAUCCUUUCUCCCAAGCUCCAAUCAGAGAGCCUUCUGCAGCACACCAUUACUCCUAGCAUCGAAGGGGAGAUUCUUGCGAAGGCAGAGAGUGCUGCACAAUGGGGGCUUCCUGAGCUAUAAAGAGAAGGGUUUACCGCUUGCCCAGAAGGGUGAAAAGAUUCCGGUGCUAUGUCUACACCGGAAAGGAGAUGCUCAGGGAGCUGCUCAGGACGAGGCCGCCAAGCAGCAUGCUUUGCGGCCGCACUUGGGUAAUCUUCCUCGAAGGGGAGUGAUUGGCAAGUCCCGAUACGCAGUGCGCCUUCGUAAAGAGAUUGCACAGGCAGCAAGGGACAUGAGCCGGGGCCCGGUGCUUUUAUUUGGAGAGCCCGGCCUUGAAAAGGAUGACUUUGCGGCGUUGAUCUUUUCCGGCUCCCCAGACAGCUCCAAGGACUUUGUGCGCCUGGACUGCAGCUGCCUGGGCAGAAGUGCAGUGGAGCUCUUUGGCCGCACCAACAAGCGGGGGGUUUUGUACUGGCUAGGGGAUGGGACGCUGCUGCUGGAAAAUGUUCACCAUGCACAUCCUGAUUUUUUGAAGAACCUAGUUGAACUAGUGCGUUCAGGAAACUAUCUUCCCGCAGCCAAUACCCGUCUUGAGGAUUGGGCCCAGCCAGAAGACGGACUAAAUGCAGAGCCUGUGCAACACAGCAGCGCGCGCAUCAUCCUGACGGCAGAGGGAAGGGUGCCAGCUCUCGACCAACUCGUGACAAUCAUCAAGGUGCCCCCACUCCGAGUGCGCCCUUCCGACAUCCCCGACCUAACCGCUUACUUUUUGAAGCAGUACUGCCUCGAGCACCGCUCACAGCCCAUCGUGCCCACCUCCGAUGCACUGCGCACUUUAGAAACGAGCCCCUUCCCGGGCAACAUCAAGGAGCUCCAGGCAGUCCUUGAGAGGGCGGCAGGCAACGUGCAGGACGACGAGACGCAGCUGACUGCGGACGUCCUGUGGGACACGACCAAGCAAGGGCAUGACCCCUUCCGGCUCGACCUCCUCAAGGCGUACCCCCCCCUGCGCACCUUUCUCCGGAGCGACAUUUGGCCCAAGGAGAUUAACUUCCGCUUCACCGCCUACGCCUUUGCCAUAGGGGUGUGCCUCCUCUUAUUCGGGCCCCAGGACCGGGAGCACAAUGUCGUUCUGACUGUGUUCUGGGCCUACUGGUGGCCGGUCAUCUUCCUCAUGUACCCGUUCCUGGGCCGCGUAUGGUGUGCUAUAUGUCCCUUCAUGAUUUAUGGAGAAUUGGUACAGAGGUGGCGGCUCAGUAGGGGCGCCCAGCUCUUGAAGUGGCCUCGGGAGACAGCUGAAGCAUGGGGUCCCUGGUUCUUGUUUGCCAUGUUCGCCGGGAUCCUACUUUGGGAGGAUGUAUGGCACCUCAGCACCCAUGCCGCACUCUCUGGCGGCCUCCUCAUCCUCAUCACGUCAGGCGCCGUCAUCUGUUCUGCCAUCUUUGAGCGCCGGCUCUGGUGCCGGUACCUGUGCCCCAUUGGGGGCAUGAACGGCCUAUUUGCUAAAAUGUCGAUGACGGAAGUGCGCGCGCGGCAGGGCGUGUGCUCAGCCACGUGUCAGACGUACCAUUGCUACAAGGGAGGCCCCGCGGAGCCCCCCGAGGGCCUGAAGACCUCGGGGUGUCCCCUCCACUCCCACCCCGCCCAGCUGGUCGACAACAAGGACUGCACCCUGUGUAUGGACUGCCUCAAAGCGUGCCCUCACACUAGCGUGCAGUUCAACCUGAGGGCCCCCGGGGUCGAUCUCUGGACGACCCACAAGCCGGCCGUGUCGGAGGUCGCCCUCAUGUUCAUGCUCCUAGGCGGAGUCUACCUCCACCGAGCGCCAAACCUUCUGAGCCAGUUCGGUUUUGACCCCAUCCUGAUCGACUCAAAGCCCAUUCACAUCGCGGUUGCCGCCGGUCUCCUAUCGCUCCCGGGCGUCAUCUCAUAUUGCGUCGAUGCCCUCAAUCGCCUGUACCACCACACCCAACGGACUCUCGCACCCGCACCCUUUCUGCACCUGGCAUAUGGAUACUUGCCGCUAGUGUGGAGCGCCACGCUAGCCCACUAUUUGCCCCUUCUCCUCGUUGAGGGGGGAACCCUUCUCCCGGUCACAGCAGCGACGGUGGGCUUUCGAGACUCGGGGCUCCCAAUUGCGGUUGCUGACCCUUCCGUUGUGGGUUUGCUUCAAGGAGCGGUUUUGGCCGGGGGCAUGGGCCUGAGUUUAGCCCUUACGCGCAAACUAGGGAAGAGGCACUGGAGCAUGCUGUGGCCUCAGUGCGCCACAAUUUUUGCAUUUUCGGCCGAGCUUUGGGCGCUGUUUAUUCAAGAUGUGUUCUAGCUUUUGCCGAACUUGGGGCCCUCGUUGUGCAGUCACUUAGUAAAACAAAAUUUGGAUUGGAUUUCAAAACAUGGAGAAAGUCAUGGACAGCCCUAUUGAAAAACAACAUCUGAAGAAGCUCGUCCCAUUUUUGCCAAUGUUGAAUUAGGCACCGAGCAUCAAUACCACAGUUCCAGAAUUGAGAUUUAAGAGUGUUCAGGACUGGAGUUAGUACUGUGGCAUAUACCCUUUGGGAAAAGGUGAUGCGACGCUCUGAACUGGAUAUAGAGGAAUGAAUAUAUCCUGCCAUCAUACAUGACCGAUUGAGUAAAUGGAAUAAAU